AUGACAGCUCGUUUGGCGACCAGGUUGUCGCUCAAGGAUGGUGAAGAGCCGGUAGAUCUCGGCAAUCUUCGCUGCCCCGAUAAGGGUUUUCUUGCGAAUCAAUUUUUUUUGGUAGGAAGUUUGAACAGUGCUCAGGCUGUGGUGUUGGACUCAUUUCGUAGUGCAGUCCGGUCAAUGUGGAGGUUGUCUAUACCGGUGGAGGAAAAGAGGGACAUCACCAUUUGUGCCCUUCAGGAGGGAUAUGUGGAGCAAGUUAAGGUUUCGGGGAUCAGACGUCAAAGGGAGGAGGAAGCUGUGGAGGACAGAAAAAGGGCUAAGCAUGCUUUGGCAUUGGUUCCAUCUUCUCUACAGCCUGAGAACAUGGGAUUUACGGUGACUUCUGAAAGCCUCUUUGAGGUUACUGUUACCUCAGAAGUGGAUAAGAAUGGUUAUGUGAUUGAACGUUUCAUUGGCAUUGAACAUGUUGCCAAUACCACUGCCAUUACACUUAAAGAAGCUAUAGAUGCAUUGCUUUGUAAACAUAGUUUAAGCAUAUCAAGUUUACGUGGUCAGGGUUUCGACGGAGCCAGUAAUAUGAGUGGGGAACUUAAUGGCUUAAAGACACUUAUUUUGAAGGAGAAUUCCUCUGCUUUCUAUGUCCAUUGUUUUGCACAUCAACUUCAGCGUGACAUUCUUCGAGAAAAGCAGUCUCUCAAAGUUGUUCAAGCAUUGAAAGUUGGAGAACUUUCAAGUUGA